AUGGAUAAAGGCAAAAGGGCUUUUCUUGAUGUAGUAAAUUUUGGAAUCAGAUUUGAGCAAUUGAGAAAAGCAAGAAACAUCCUGAAUGAGGCAAAUUUUAAAGCGCUAAGGGAGAAUCGUUUGUGCGGCUGCUUGUGCCUGAGAGAAUGCAAAUCGCCACCGGGACAGUACUCCAUCACCACGCAUGAGAAGCGCGACGCCUCGAACUCGGCAAAAAGCGUCGGCAAAAACGGGUGGUCCAGCCGCCUCAUGAUCCUCCGCUCGGUCUCGGCCCUCGCCGUCUUCUUCUUCAGGGCCACCGCGUCGCUGUCCACCACCUUCAUCGCGUAG